CCGCGAUGAGUGAAUGGCCCGUGCGUGAGCUAGAGGACGAGGACCCACUAAAACUUUCCAGCACCAGGCAGGCACCAUUACCUCAUCGCCAACAACAGCAACACGGCGAAAUACACGUCGCAUGCCUGGAACUAUGCCGCAAUCUGGUGUGAACUUGGCUGUUACCGAAGACGGCGCUGCUUACAACAGGCUGCGCCGGCCGGACAAUUACCUUGAGUCGCUCACGGCGCAACACCCGCUCAAGAGCGAAAUACCGCCCGCGAAACGGAAGUUUGAGGCCGUUGCUGCCGCGGAUCUGGACGGAGACAAAACGCCGUACACCAAGCGAUCAAGAGCAGACGAUGCACCCAGGGCAGCUUCGUCACCGGGCAGAGCUCUUAGCGAUACGCGCCGCGUGAAGCGCCCGGAGAAAGAGAAUGGCAUGCAGACCAUGUUCCCUGGCCUGGACGACGAUUCUGCCUCCGACGCAGAUGACACCACCAGAGAGGCUCUUGCGUACCUUCGCAGCGUGAGGUCUGAAGCUUCCACCAUACCCACCCUUCUCGUCGCACCGUCACAAGCGCCCAAGAACGGGGACCGCGAUCGGCCCACAUACAACGACGGCACCGGGGAGCUCCGCGUGAGGUUCCAUGAAGGCACGUGGGUGGCCGUGGACGAUGAGGCGGAUGGAGAGUAUUAUGACGAAGACGACGAGUGGGCGCAAUACCACGACAUCGACCCGCAAGCUGCAUACUACAAGUCGCUGCUCGGCCGCUACAAAGCGCUCCGGAACACAUUGGCCAACGCUGACCCGAGAGAGCUGGCUGCUUUGGUCAAGGCAGACCCGGACAAGUACGCGAACGUAAGGGUACCAUACUACAAGAGCGACUGGCGGUAUGCGUUUGACAACAAGUACCCGACGCCGGCAUUGGUCGCCCAGCUCGACGAUAAAGGCCUCUAUCGCGCACUGGAGUAUGUCUCCGAGGUGCUGAUCAUCGGAGACACGAUAUCGAAACAGAAGAGCUGCUGGAUCUGGACUUUAUUGGCUUUGACUGGAGACUCCGGGACGCUGGACUACUAUAAGGUGGGCCGCAUACGGGAGCUGGGACACAAGGCGGGGCAGCUAAGCAUUCGGCUGCGGAGCGGAGAGCGGCGAGACGCCUACCGGCUUGAAGGAGAAGAUGAUGCGGAAGAGUGGGAGGUCGAGGGAGAGGACGAUGAUGAAGACGAGGAUCAUAGCGAAAUGGAAGUUGAUGAAGGGAAUGAAGCACGAGAGACGAGCUUUGCGCCAAAGGAACAACGUCAGCGUGUCGAAGAUGGUGAAGUACACGAGGACGAUGACGAAUACGAGCCGCCUCUGGAUCUCGGCGGGCAGUUCGACGGUGCGGCGGAACGCCAGACACAAUCGCAUUCAGCCCAAUCGACGCACAAGGGGCACAAAGACGACAUGUCAAGCUCAGAGGAUGAGGGUGAGGUCAAAGACGACGACCCCGAAGAAGAAGACACUCCAGCCGACCUGGAGGCAGCGCGCGCCCGUCUCCUCGCCCAGCUCGGAGACAAUCUUGUCACGGAUUCCAUUCCAGACCGCAAAGUCCCAGCGCACCAGCUCAAAGGAAAACAGCUAGCGCACAAGGAGCCUCGAACAAGUGGAUCUCACCGACAUAAUGGCAAGAGGUGCAAUGACCCGUCAUGUAAAAUGACCAAAGCAAGGCAGGAGGCACAUCGCAGGGCAGCCCUGCGAGCUACGCAGGGUGCGAAGACGAACGGUAGCAACUCUACAUCGCCGUCGCAGUCAAGCCAGGCCAAGAAGCCCGCGGAGAAAAUACAACGAGAGGAAGUGCAAUCUAAAGCCCAGACCAAGUGCUCCCACGAAGAAGCCCUCGCCGAAGCCCGGAAGCAAGCCGCCGCAAUGCCCGAAAACACCGACCCGGCAACCUUCCUCGCCUCCCUCAAUCCUGAACUCCGCCGCGCCGUUCUCGCGGAUCAAGACGAAGCUUAUCUCGCCGAGCUCCCACCUGAGAUCAUCGCUGAAGCACGGGACUAUUCCGGUCAGAAUGGCGGUAUGAAUGGUGUGGCUGAACAGCAGUCCGAGCGAGAUUCCUCCAGUGAUUCGGAAAAAGGUGACCAUACCAAGGAGAAACGGAAGGCCGAGGUAGAUAUGGAUCUCAAUACGAAGGUUACGAUUGAUAUGAUACUGACUGUGGUGGGGGAGUGCUAUGGGCAGAGGGAUCUUCUGAGAUAUAGGGAGAUGUGCACCAUCAAUCGCAAGUUACAAUCCCAAGCCCAAACCUCAUCCCUUCAACCCAAAAUGAAGUCCUUCGCUGCCAUCUUCGCCCUCGCGCUCGCCGCCUCUGCAGCCAGCAUCCCCGACACCCUCGCCCCGCGCGCCGAUCUUGCCAUCUGCAACGCCAAAAAGGGCGAGUCGUGCCCCGGCUCGGGCGCCUUUGCUUGCGAGAACAACGGCGGCCACUCUGUACAGUCCCCCCCACCCCUCUCUCUCUCUCCCUCCAUCUUCCCCUAA